AUGGGUCGUUCGCGUGUCCGCUCGUUUAUCUCUAGCUGGGGGAAAAGCGACUCUAGCAAAGAGAGGAGAAAGUCCUCGAGCAACGUUACGCCAGCGCAUGUAACUCCGGCCGAUACACCACCGCGGUGGCAAACGCCUCCCCCCGAUGCCCCGUCCCCGUCCACCGAAUUGUCCCCCGUGAGCGCUGGACCGAGAGAUGGGACAACCUCGCGACCGGCAUCUAUGAUUUUCUCGCGCAACCCGCCGCUCAUGCAGCACGCUGGCGACACCCCGCCGGAGCUGUCGCCAAUCUUCUCAUUCCUCAAUAUCCACACAAGCAAGGUCUACCAAGAAGGGUAUUUCCUGAAAUUAAACGACUUGGACACUCAUGGGCGAGCGUGCGGUGAUCGACAAUGGGUGGAAUCCUACGCACAGCUUGUCGGGACUGUUCUCUCGCUAUGGGAUAGCGCUGCGCUGGACGCAGCGGGCGGAGAAGAGGUCCCGGCGACUUUUAUCAAUUUAGCCGAUGCGUCCCUCAAGAUGAUCGAAACUCUCCCCAUUCGUAAUGGCACAGCACAGCCAUUGAAGAACGUACUAAGCUUGUCAUCUGCUGGCAAGAACCGAUAUCUGUUGCAUUUCAACUCUUUCCACUCCCUAACCCAAUGGACCGCAGCUAUCCGGCUUGCCAUGUUUGAGCACACCUCACUCUACGAAGCCUACACAGGGUCUUUGGUUGCCGCAAAGGGCAAGCAUCUGAAUGGCAUCAACUCAAUUCUAGCACCCGCCAAAUUCAAAUACGAAGACUGGGCUCGGGUGCGUUUCGGAGCAGGCACUCCGUGGAGGCGAUGCUGGUUUGUGAUCAGCCCGCCUGAUGAGAAAGAGCUCCAAAAAGCGCGGAAACUUAUGAAAAAGUCGGCCUACGAUCGCCUGUCAAUUCCAGUUACUGGAAACAUCAGGUUCUAUGAGACAAAGAAGACAAAGAAGGCGAUUCCGAUCGCAACGGUUACCCAGGUGUUCUCGGCGUAUGCCAUUUACCCUCAAUCCAAGGCUUUGAUUGAUGCUUCAACCCUGGUCAAAUUGGAAGGGCGGAUCACCACCCAUACACCCGAGUCGUCUUCGGAAGGACUCGUCUUUGUCAUGCCUGAGCCUCAUGCCGGAGUCUCUGGAUUCGAGAUGAUGCUGCGCUUCCUUUUCCCCACCUUUGACACCUUCAAUCUCUAUGGCCGCCCAACUCGUCUUGUUGCAGACACCAAUCACAUAAAGAGCAUCAUGUUUGCUUUCCCCAAGGAGCGACGUUACGGCUACCUUGACGUUUUGGACAUUGCUAAUCUUCUUCAAACUCCUGGAAGCCAGGAGUGGAGCGAAGCUCAGUGGAGGAAGCAGCUGAAAGAGGCAACGCAGCGCCGCAUAUCCUCCGGCCGAAGCCGAAGCGACAGUGUGAAUAGCGUGCGCCCUCGUUAUCGUUCCAUGUCUGGACGCAACAGUGACGUUCCGGUUGAUCCCGCGCGUCGUCCAUUCGCCAUCGAAUCCAAGCCACAAUUCAGCAACUCCGCCGAAGCGAUCAUCCACGAAGUCCCUAGGAAUGAUGGUUCGCCACUUGCUUAUCACAACCGCGGGGUAUCUGACACCACUGGCCUCGCUUCUGGACCAAAGCUCGGCAAUGCACUGCCGGCGGAAGACUCACCUGGUUCCUCCUCGCAGGAUCUAGCACACCGGGGGACUCCAGUCGCUCCCAUUGCAGAGAGCUCCGGUUCCGAGACUGACCCUAGCCUCGAAAACCUGCACGGUCCGCCCCUCGAGGAGCAUCUGCCUCCGCAAACACCCCCGGCUCCUGUUGCAAUCCCGCCUGACUUUUCGCACGGGCCUAGAGAAAUGCCGGCCAAUCGCCCCGAGCCGACCUCGGAGCAAAGAUUGGCAAACAACCGUAUGUCUCAUGGCACUCUCACUCAGCUUACCUCUGUUGGAACCAUGGGUCUGAGCGCGGCGGCCGCUGGUGCGGCUUGGAAAAGCCAGCAGCGACAGACCGACAACGUUCCACGGGCAACGGGAAGAAGCAUCAACGGUGUCUACUACCCUGGUCCUGGGGAGUCUUCCAACUCUGAUUUCAACUCAUCGAGCGAUGAGGCCGUUACUCUAGCAGGCCCGGUUCGGCCUCCCAAGAUUCCUGAGCAACGCCCGACCACUUCCAGCAGCACUGGAAGUGGGGGAGCCCAGAACAUCUCCCGCCCCAACUCUUCACAUAGGCCGCUUUCUCAGCAGAUGGGGAUUGACCCUGUCAAGUCUGUGCGACGCAAGCCGCUUCCGCAGCGACAGGGUGAACCGGACGAGCCGAGCUACGAUGAUCUUCGUCAUACCCUUGACGAAGACGUGCUGAAUUCAAUCGCUCCCCACGCUAGCUCCCUUCCCUCCCCCAUCUCGCCAAACCGCAACGACGAUGAGAGUGUUUAUGACAAUGCGUCUACGGCCUCGCCAGACUAUGCCAGUACUCAUGAGUCUGUUUACAGCAAGAAAUCCACUUCGUCUACGAAGCCUAGAAUGGGAGUCAAGAAGACCGUGGGGGUCCCGGCGGCCAGGGAUCUUGUAAUUGGUGAUGCUCAUUAUACCAUGGACAAGCCACCAACCUCGAAUCCCGACAUCCCCAACGUGGACUUUGGUCCUACCAUGACUUACAUGCCUACCACCGGGCGCCCAAACACAUCUGACACUCUCAAAAACCACCAGCGAAAGGAUUCAACCGGCACCAAGCUUGCCAUUCCCACCCAUCACAUGGAUCAGGCUAAUGCCCGGCCUUCCAGCCAAGAGGAAUACCGACGAAGUGUGCUGUGGCAGCCCGGAAUGGCUGCCGGUCGUCCUGCUACCCCUGGUGGAGGACUCACUCCGGAGCAGUUCGUGCAACAUCGGGCGCAGCCCAGUCCUCCAAUGCAGGCUCAUGGUCGUUCAUCGUCGAACCCAAUGCUCACACCACGUCCCACAUCUGGGGACUGGACUCAGCAGGUCCGCUCUCACUCCCCCAUGAACACACCGCGACCCUCAUCCCGCGGUGCUCAGAGCAUGCUUAACCACAACGAUCAUUCAAGUCAUCUGUCUGCUCGUGAGCAAGAGCACGUUGCCCGAAUGACGGGCUCAUCAUUCUUCAAUAUGUCGAAUGACAACCGAAAAUCACAGACCCAAGUCAAUCCUAUGGGUCUCGUAUCGGCGAUUGAUGCCCGUGAACGGGAGAAGCGCGAGAUGCGGGAUGGAAUGUCGAACCAGAUGGUUCAACAAGCCAUUGCCCAGCGUCAGCACAGUAUGGGCUACCAGCAGCCCAUGACACAUCAGCAACAGCAAUGGUCACCCCAACAAUUCCCCCAGCAGGCCGCCUCCGUAUACCCACCCCAAUACGGCCAGCAGGAGUCCAUUUACAACAUGCCCGGUGCUAACAACACCUGGGAUGCUCUGAGCCAACCGAUGCGCCCAGAUGUGCCCCGCCGCUCCUCGUGGUAUGGCCAGCUUUCCCAGGCACCGCCAACUCCGCCCAGCCACCAAGCAGCUCAUGCUCAUGUCCAAGACUCCCGGUACUACAACUAUGCCCAGUGA